AUGAAUCCGGACGAGGUUGUCCCUGCCGAGGCUGGGGAGGUCAACUUGCUGAAGGUCAGGCCCCAGGAGGUCCUAGGCAUUGUGAGCGAUGCCCCUCCAGCUGUGUGCUACUGUGUGCUGAGCAGACCCGGCGGUUUCCUGCUGGUCCUGCCUUCCGGUGUUUUCUCCCCGGGCGUUUUGCAAGAGGCCGCCGACCAAGGCUUCUCAAGUGUGAUAGGUCCCUCCACCGUGAUCACUGCUCCCGCCGUGGAGCUUGCCGAGUCCGGGGAAUGGCUAGGCGUCUAUCCUCAGAGGAUGAUAGAGGUUACCCUCAUAGACUUCGGAGAAACAGCUGCCGGGGGCCUCGAGCCUCUACUGGAAGGCCUGCCCGAGUGUACUCCCUUUGUGGCCGAAUCGCCGAUGCUCUUCCCUUUGGCCACGAGCGUAACCGCGGCUGCUGUCGAGUGGACAGCCAACAUGGAGGGAGACCGGGGAGCAGGCUACAUCACCGCCGAGGAGCUCCUGCCCGAACAGGCUUUGCCUUCCGCACCUUUGUUGGAGCGCAGGCCGAAGGCGGAAGCUCGGCCAAAGAAACCCACAAUGGCGGCCCUGGCUUCUCAGCAAGAGGGAAUCAUGCAGGCCUUGCAAGCCCUGUCAACCCAAGUGCAACAGCUCGCGAGCAACCCGCCGCCUCCGCAAACCGGCCCAGCACCCCUGGUAGGCCCAGCUCCCUUAGGUGGAAACAGGUCAGCACUUGCCGCUCCGGUCUCCGCCGCGAUCGCAGCUUCCCCUGCUGCCCCUCGCCAGCUUGCGAGCCUGCUAGGAGCUCCACCGAGGGCCAAGGCGGCGUUUUCCGUCGCAGGGUUUGGUGCACCAGAGGCCGUGGCCCCUGGUCCUUUGGACGGGGAUCCUUUGGACGAGGACGCAGUGUCGGGGGGCCCUCUUGCCUCCGCUCUCCUUGCUCAGAGCAAGGCCCUCACUACUUUAGUGGCUCAGUUGGCCGGUGGCGGCGAUCCGAUGUCAGACUUAGCAGCGAGCGGGCCGAACUCCAUAUCAGUGAAAGGAUCUGCCGCCAGGAUGAAACUGCAGAGGGAGCUCCACGGGCGAGCAGGUGGCUUCUUUGCCAAGGUGCAGGAGGCUGCAAGGCGGAGGAUGGAGCCCACGGCUCAGCUAGGAAAUCUCCCGGAGGAGCUUCAGCGGCUCCCCGUCAUGACCCGGUACUUCGAACGUUUCGGCGGCUUCAGAGACCAGAGGACCUGGGGGCUGGUCAUGUGGCAACUGGCGCAGGCUUUCGACCUGCUUGCUUCCGAUCAGCUGGAGGGGGCGAAAGACAGACUCGCCCUUCUGAUCGUAAUGAUCGACCAGACUGUGCUAGAUGCUGGGCAGCCCGACCUUGGCUGGAUUCUCUCCUUGCAGGAGGAUCCGCCCACUCCUUUGUGGCUGGCCGUUGCCCUGAGCUAUGUGAAGGAGAUGGAGACGCUGUCUUCCAAGAGGUCGGAGCUCUCGCGUGCAAAGGCCCCGAGCUCCGGCACCGCCGUUGACAAAGAAGCAGCAAAGAGCCAGGCUGAGGAAAGUGUCCAGGUCUCCCCUCCCCCUGCCGCGCCUUCACUACCACCUGCUGCUGGGAGUCAGGUCUUCCAAGGUUCCCUAGGCUCCGAAGCCGCCGAAGGCUGCGCCCUCUCUGCUCUGGUCGUCACUCCCCAGCCUGUCCCUGACGAAGAUCGGGCGGCUGGGCCGUCUUCCGACUGCCGUCACGAGAGGCCCGCCUGUACCAUAAGCACCACGACCCCACCGUUGCAACCGGGAGUGUCAGAUGCAUCCCCAUUUGAUGGAGUCCCUGACUUUUGCUCCGAAUUUGACUUUUGGUCCUGGGCGGCGGCUCUUCCCCGCCUGGUUCUUUCCUCGAGGACUUCAUUUGCAAAGUUCCUCCGCACAUCCUUUUGCAUUCGCGAGCGGGGCGAAACAGCCCUUGACACCGCCCUUGUUCCUCUGCCGGUUCCUGACGUUUCAGUGUUCGGCCCAGGCUCCUUGCCCGGCUGGGCUGAUAACCCCGGCCCCUCUGCCAAAGCAAAGGAACUUGUCAUCCUGGCCUCGCUUGCGCCGGUGAUGUCUUCGGAUAUCUCGGCUCCCUUCCUCUCUGACAUCUUCUGCUCAGAUGCCUCGAUGCACAGAGGGGCCUUUUGCUCCUCCCCUCAGCCGCUCGCGGUCUCCUCCGCCCUUUGGCUGUGCGCUGACAAGAAAGGAUCGUACACCAUGCUCGAUCCGAGAGAUCACUCUGCUGUCGAUGACGAGGAGGAAGGCGAGGUUCCCUUCUCCGAGGUCGGGCCCGAAAAGCCCCUUGCCUUCGACUUUGAUGUGGUCUGUGUUUUCGCAGGCUCCGAGGGUAUAGCUGACUGCUGUGCUUCGCUUGGGCUUCGCGUGUCUCCUAUCCUCGACCUGCGCUCCUCCGUUGAGUUUGACGUUUGCAGCCCCGUCGUUCAAGACUGGCUCUGCAACCUUCUUUGGAAAGGAAAGGUUCCAAGGCUUUCUCAGGCUCCCUGUCCAGAGGUUUUCUGGGUCAGCCGUGCCUCGCCGGGGCAGGCUGGGAAAGGCGUAGCCAGUCUGCUGAAAGGGAUCGUUAAGGCUUCGCAGCCUGAUCGGCCUCCCUCCCCUGGGCUGGAAAACCUCGCCAUCAACGAUGUCCUCUCCGCCGGCUCUUGGACCGUUGAAGGAGUAUGGCAGUGGGAAAAGCAGAGGCACAUCAACGCCCUGGAGACCGAAUCCGUGGUCUCCUUGCUAAGAGGCCUGGCCAAGUCCAAAGGAGAUUCCAGGCCGGUCUGCAUUGUGGAUUCCUCCUGUGCUAAAGGAGCUUUGGCAAAGGGGAGAUCAUCCGCGCACUUGCUCAGGCCUGCCCUCAGACGUGCAGGAGCUAUUUGCGUUGCUGGAGGACUGUUCCCGGCUUAUGCGUAUGGCCCGACCCGUUUGAAUGUCUCCGACGACCCCACUAGGUCGGCCGACUUAAGGGAGGCAGCAGGGGCCAGCCUUCUUGAGGGCCUCUCCGAAAGGGGUAUCGACUGUGCGGCCAAGAUUGGUGGCCUCAGUAAGUGCCGGGCGAACUGGGUCAGACUGUCGGCUCUCCUUGUAGGGCCGUUCAGCAAGGAAAGUUUUCUGCUGGCCUUGUCCCUCUUCCCCUACAGGGCAGUCCCGCACGAUCCUCCAGCUCUCCUCUACUGCGCGCCGGUCCCUGGUUUGCACCCUGCAGAAGAGUUUGCCGCCAGAGCGCUUGAGGAAGAAAGACUCCUGCCCUCCGUUCUCGGGACCCUCUUAACUCUGUUGCCCGGAGCAGGUAGAGUGCGUUUUGCCCGAGAGCAAGAGGCAGUAAAGUACUGGACAUCCGGCCUCUAUUCACAAGGCCCGUUCCGAGGCCUCAGGUCUGACAGCGUCAGGUUUCCCUUCGCCACCAGGCUUGUUUGUCGCAUCGUUGCCCAGGUUGCCCCAGGCUUCCCCUUCACGACUGUUGCUUUGCUCCACCAGGUGCGCUCAACUUUGCACAAAGAUAGGAAUAACCUGAAGGGCCUCCCGAGCCUUGUCUUCCCUGUUUCCUCUUUCAAAGACGGGCAAAUUUUCGUAGAAGGAGGGAAGGCCGAACACGAGAUUAGCUUCGAUGGCUCUCCUCCCCUGCGAGGUGAGCUGCUUCAGGUCUGCGAAGGCCCUGUUUUCCUUGACGGACACCGCCAGCAUGCCACUUUGGACUGGACAGGCCUCCGCCAGGUUGCCGUCGCCUUCUGCAUAAAGGACCCCUGGAGAGUCCCCCUGCAGCCUUGCCGGAAGGCCCGCGAGUUAGGCUUUUGCUUCCCCAGACAUGAUAGGGGCUGGAUUCGCCCAGGAGGCUUCUCCCGUCGCUUUGAUGCCACGCUCGGUUUCCCGGGUGAGGGGCCCACCUUCAUCAUCCCUGUCAUUCUUUGGGGCCUCAGUUGGUCUUGCCCUGCCGUCCUUUUAGGCCCCAGAAACGCCGCUGAUCGUGCCCGAGCUGAGAGGAGGUCCCCGGCAGGUCUCCCGUCCGGUCGUGUCGUCCUUCCGCGUACAGGGUCUUACAGGGUUGAGCUAGCCGCAGCUUUCUCCUCAUGGAUGGUCGAAGUGACUGGAGUUUCCUUGCAACAACUCCUCGACAAGAAGCCCUUCGACGCAGAGGCAGUUGCUGAUGCUCUUGUCAGGUAUGGGCGCGACCUGUAUGGUUCAGGGCGCCCGUACUGGCAUUACGCUGAGACUAUCAACUCAGUAACUUCGAUGAAACCUGUACUUCGUCGUCAGGUGCAAGCGGCUUGGGACUUAGGUUUUGCCUGGCAAGCCGACGAGCCCUACUCUCAUCACACAGCUAUUCCCCCGGCGGUGCUCAUUGCGGUCAUUACAGCGUGCCUUCUAUGGGGAUGGGUACGUGAAGCAGGCUGCUUUGCUUUGGCUUUCGGAGGAGUUAUGAGGAUAGGUGAGGUUUUUGCCGCGACUAGGAGGUGCCUUAUCCUCCCGAAGGACGUCAACGACUCCCAGCCCUUCGUGCUGGUCAAGAUCGAGGAACCCAAAACGCGGCACCGAGGGCCUCGCCACCAAGCAGCUAAGGUUGAAGCUUCAGAUCUGGUGCAAGUUAUAACGAUCGCUUUCUCAACACUUCAAGCUGGCGAAAAGCUCUGGCCCUUUUCGCCUCAAACUUUGAGGAAACGAUUUGAUACCUUGCUUAAAAAGGUCGGAGCAUCGCCAGCUCCCAGUUCGGUGCGAUCCCUGGACCUUGGCUCCUUCCGGGCAGGCGGAGCCACGUACCUUCUUCAGCUGACUGAAGACUCUGAGUUAGUCCGCAGACGAGGCCGUUGGGCCUCAUCGAAAGUGAUGGAGGUCUAUCUUCAAGAAAUCGCUGCCUGCACCUUCCUGCCGGCCCUCUCAAGCGAUCAAAAGAGAGCAGUCUUCACUUUCGCUGCAGGCUUUCAAUCAGUUCUUCGACAGGCGGUACUAUGGUCCAACGAAGGCAUAGAGAGCAAUGUUUGGUACAGACUAUGGCCUGGAGAUUUGUCGGCACACGAGAGGUAA